GUAACUUCAAACCCCACUUCAUUUUUCGUCUCAAUGGCACUUGCCAAGGACCGUAUGGGAUCGGUUCAAACUUGCCCCUAUAAUGGAAAUGUGAUGGGGGAUUUUUCCUCCAUGGGGUCUUACGGAUUUGAUGAAUAUCAGAAGGUAGCAUUUUAUGAAGAGGGAAAUAGCACCUUUGAGAAAACCAGUGGGCUUAUGAUCAAGAAUUUAGCUAUGACCUCUUCUCCUUCUUCUCUUGGCAGUCCGAGCAGCGCGAUUUCUGGUGAAUUAGUGUUUCAGGCUACUGACCAUCAAGCUGAGGAAGCUCAUUCUUUGAUCAGCUUCAAAGGUAUCGGAUUCGAUAACAUCAUGCAUAAUAAUGGAUCUUUGCUUAGCUUUGAGCAAAGUAGUAGGGUUUCUCAAACUAGUAGCCAGAAAGAUGACUACUCAGCCUGGGAGGGUAAUUUGAGUUACAACUACCAGUGGAACGAAAUGAAUCCAAAAUGUAACACAAGUCCUCGGUUGAUGGAAGAUUUUAAUUGCUUUCAAAGAGCUGGCAACUUCAUUUCCAUGACUGGAAAGGAAAAUCAUGGUGAUUGGUUAUACGCUGAAUCCACAAUUGUUGCUGAUAGCAUUCAGGAUUCUGCAACACCAGAUGCCAGCAGCUUCCAUAAGCGUCCUAAUAUGGGAGAGAGUAUGCAGGCUCUAAAGAAGCAAUGCAACAAUGCAACAAAAAAGCCAAAACCGAAGUCCGCAGCAGGUCCAGCUAAGGAUCUACAGAGUAUUGCUGCCAAGAAUCGACGAGAGAGGAUUAGCGAGAGGCUUAAGGUAUUGCAGGAUUUAGUCCCUAAUGGCUCAAAGGUUGAUUUGGUUACUAUGCUAGAGAAAGCCAUUAGUUAUGUUAAGUUUCUUCAAUUGCAAGUAAAGGUGUUAGCCACUGAUGAAUUAUGGCCAGUUCAAGGUGGUAAAGCUCCUGAUAUUUCUCAAGUAAAGGAAGCCAUCGAUGCCCUACUCUCAUCUCAGACUAAAGACGGAAACUCAAGCUCAAGCCCAAAGUAAGGUGUCCAUGAAAAUUCAAGAAGAAGAAAGAAAAUCACAAGUACUUAUUUCCAUGUUGAAGACAACUUUUCAGAAGCAAAGGAAAAUCUUUGUUUUGGAAGUUUGUGAUGUUGGAUUUUGUAGCAAAUACAUAAUAAUAUUUAGCUUUAUUUUCAUCUGGAGAUCUUGUAGACUUGUAAUGAAAUCUAUUUUCAUCAUGUAAUGAAAGCUGUGACUGCAACCUU